AUGAGACGGCAGAAUAGCAGCUGCGACCAAUGUCGCAAGGGCAAGAGGGCCUGCGACGCGGGCGCCCUCAAGGAUAUCCAGCUGUGUCUGGAUGCAGACCUUCAAUGGGAGGUUGACUGGCAGAGCAUGAACGGGCCGUGCUCAAAUUGUUCAAAGACGCGCAAGUCGUGCACAUUCAACUGGGCCCGGUCACAGCAGGCCCAGCUCCGGGUCCGAAGGCAGUCCGCCGAGAAGACCGCUGCUGCUGCCGCUGCCGGCUCCGCCUCCGCUUCCGCCGCGCCGAGUCGGAAGAGGGUCAAGUCAAAUCACAGCAAGAAGGUCAACAACGACAGCAGCAACAGCAACAAAGCCUCUGUAUCGCCAGCAUCCCAAGGUCCAUCAGGUCUGAGUGAGGCCCAACUCGCCGAGCUUCAGUCACUCAUCCCGGAUCAUGUCGCAUCAUUCACCCACGAGACGCCAAGCUCACAUGCCUUUGGCGGAGCAGCAGCAGCAGCAGCAGUAGCAAACGACUUUGGAUUUCCCCAAAACCUAUUCACGCUAUCCCCCGCCGACGAGCACCUCACCUUCGACCCAUCCGCCGACGACGCCGCCUCGCUCCUCUUCCCGGGCCCCUCAUCCCUCUCAGCGCCCAGCUGUCUCUCAGAUGAGCUACCAGGCUUCGACGACGCCGAUCUCGUCUCCAUGCACGGCGCCUCGACCAUCAGCCUCAGCCCGGACUCGACUUGUUCGACCAUGGGCAUCGACCCGAAUGCCCGCAAGAGGGCGUGGCAGCAGGCGCACGCCAUGAACUAUGCGCCACCUGGCGGUGCCGGGAUCUCAGAGUACUCUGCCACGCAGGCGCUGAUUGCGCGGACGAAUCAGACGCUCAUGACGGAUAACCUUAUGAAGCUGUACCACGACGUCAUGGAGGGCGCGCUCUCGUGCUGGCUGGUGGAGCAGAACUGUCCCUACAUCCUAACCCCCACACAGCUGGAGCGCUCGAGUCUCGGCGACGCGCGAGGUCACGACCCGACGCAGGUUCAUCUCAAUCUGCCCAACAGGAUUUACCGCCGCGUCUUCAAGCUCGAUAAAUCCCUCGCCUCGCUGGGUCUGAAGCCGCUCAGCGUAUCCGAAGACCGAAAGGCCACGAGAGCGCUACAUCUCGCCAUCAUGGCAUUCACGGCGCAGUGGGCACAGGGAAGUCAACGGAGUCAAGCGCGGUACCAGAAGCCAAACGGCUUCGGGGACUCGUCCGUGCCGGGGACCGAACAGGAAUUCGACACGGCGCUGCAGAUAUCAUUUUGGAACCAGGCGCAGCGGUGCCUGGACGACUGUGCGGGCGUGGACUCGUUCAAGGUGGCCAUGGCGGAGCUCCUUUUUGGCCUUACGCAGAAGAACCACGAGAGCGCGGAGGGGAUCGGGUGGGAGUUUGGCGAAGGGAUGGUCGGUCAGAGUCAGCUGGGGUACGAUUACGCCAACGGAGACGGGAACGACUGGGAGACGCCGGGGACAAAGGAAAAGGUGCAGACGGCGCUGGACGAGGAAGGGUACUCGCUCUACGUCGAGCGCGGCGCCCGGCGCCUGCACGUUCUCAAGCGCAGGUCUGAAAACUUUGAGAGGAGGAAGAAAGUAAAAGCGCGCGGGACCGUCAACGCGAGGACCGAACCAGGAUGGGCUGUCGGUAGCGGAGAAGAUGCUCACGGCGAAGAAAAAGCGACGAUGAAGAUGCUCUUUUGGCUCGCCAUCAUGUUCGACACCCUGUCCUCCGCCAUCUCCGACAGACCGCCCGUCGUCUCAGACGAAGACAGCCGCGAGACAGCAACAGCAAAGAAGCAAGACUCACCGCCUUGCAAAGGCGAAGACGACGACACCAUCCCGGUAGCGGUCUCAUCCCCAGAGAGCUGGAACGACCAAUUCAUCAUCAAACGCAACCAGAAACUCGCCCCCCUCCGCUGGCCCUGCCCCACCGACACAUUCGAGCGCGAACUCCGCGACGCAGCCCCCGUCAAAGUCCUCCUCUUCCGCAAAAUCACACGCAUCCAAGCCCUCUCGUCCCGCGGCUCCGCGUCCCCAAAGUCCAUCGAGGACGCAAUCCAAGACGGGCUGGCGGUCUACCGCCACUGGAACAUGAUGUACGGCCCCCUGUUCCGGGACUGCAUCGAGCACCACGACGCGAUCCCCUCCAAGAUCCAGAGCUGGUACAUUUGUCUGCUGGGCCACUGGCUUCUCGCGGCGAUGAUGAUGGCGGAUUGCAUCGCGCUCGUGGACGAGCAGGGACUGGGCAGCGCGACAAGGGCCGCGGAGAGGGUGGCGAGCGGGUUGGUCGAGGAUUUGAGGAGGGCGAGCGUGCGGGAGGUGUCGGAUCUCGCGAGGGCGGCUACGCCGCAGCAUGAUGUGGGCGGGUUGGGUGUGUUGUUGGAUUUUCAUCCGGCUGUGAAGGAGGGGGCUUUGCUUACGGAGCCGUGGACUAUGGUGUUGAUUCGGUCGUUUGCGAUGGCGGGGACGUUGUUGCUUGAGGAGGCGGGCGGUGUUGGUGGGUUAGGUGUUGGGGAUGAGGUUGUGGUGGAGGCGUUGGAUCGGUGUGAGGAUUGUGUCAAGGCGUUGUGGUAUUUGGGGCGCAAGUCGACUUUGUCGAGGCAGGUUGCUGGGAUUCUGGGCGGUGGGUUGCUGGCGGAGCGGGCGAAGGGGUUGAGCGUUGAGGGCAUGGUUGGGAGUCAGGAUUCUUGGAACGUUUUUGGGCCUGUUGAGAUUCUAAACGAAGAGGUCAUGAAUGCCAGGCUCGAGAUCCCUCAUCAGCCUCACCAGGAAGAUAAACUACGAUCAUCUGCCGGAGACUCGGUAGAUACCCCCCACUCCAAGAAAAUGGCCCCCCCCUUCCACAUCACAUCCGCAAACCCAACCCUCCACUGGUCAAGCAAAACCCCUCCCCUCCUCACCGUCCCCCAGAACCAGCCCGUAACCUUUGACCUCCACGACUCCUCCGGCGGCCAAAUCACCCCCUCCGCAACACCAACCUCCCUCGCGACCCUAAACCUCGCAACCUUUGACCCGAUCCACGGCCCCGUCGCCAUCGCCGCCGCACACCCAGGCUCCGUCCUCGAAAUCGAAUUCCUCUCCCUCAAACCCUCUACGGGCUGGGGCUGGACCGCAGUCCUCCCCGGCUUUGGACUCCUCGCAGACGACUUUCCAAAUCAUGUCAUUAAGCACUUCCACUGGGACGAGGACGCGACGCAUAUCGUGUUUAAACCAGGCAUCAAGAUCCCGCUUCGUCCGUUUCUGGGGAUAGCGGGCGUGGCGCCAGCUGAGGCGGGUCCGUUCCCGACGAUUCCGCCGCUGGAGACGGGCGGGAACAUAGAUUGCAGACACAUCACGGCCGGAACCAAACUCUACCUCCCCAUCCGCGUCCCGGGGGCGAACUUCUCCUGCGGGGACGGGCAUGCCGCGCAAGGAGACGGGGAAGUCUGCGGCACGGCGAUCGAGACGCCGAUGAAAGCUACGUUGCGGUUUACGGUCCGGGAGGACAUGCCGUAUGUGACGAGUCCGCACUAUGACACGCGCGGGUCGGUGCAUGCUCGCGGCCGUAAGGGGGAGGAUGAAGGUGGCGUGUAUGCGGUGCUGGGGAUUGAUUCUGACUUGUUGGAGGCGAGUAGGAAGGCGUUGAGGAGUUUGAUUGCGUAUCUUGUCGCGGAGAGGGGGCUUGAGAGGGAGGAAGCGUAUAUGCUGUGCAGCAUUGCGGCUGAUUUGAAGAUUGCGGAGAUUGUGGAUAUGCCGAAUUUUGCGGUGUCUGCGAGUAUCCCCUAUUCUGUAUUUGAGGAUGAGUCUUGA